UGGGCCAGCGCUGGGGUUACAUUGUACCAUCGCCAGUAGCAGAUGGGGAUAAAGCCUAAACAGAUUGAAGGGAAAAAGAACAAAAAAAAUGGUGAGAUUAUCCAAAUGGCUUCUAAAAGAAGCAGGAACCGGAGUUAACAAGACACUUUCAGAUAUCCUCGUUUGUCCGCUCUCCAAACAAGCUUUAAGGGUUUGCGAGGAACCACCUUCUCUUAUCAGCGAUUCUAUUGGUGUCUCUUUUCCUAUAAAGGAUGGGAUCCCAUGUUUGGUGCCGACAGAUGGGAAGAUACUUGAUACUGAUGAUACAAUGAAACAUGAUAAUGCUGCUGAUGAUUCAGCUAACAACAAGUAACGAAUGGCUAGUUGGGGAUCCUUGUAUCUUGCUAUUUCCAUGGUGCUAUGGAUGGAAAAGGAAGACCUCACCUAUUUAUCUUUGUAAACUGCCUGUUCUAUGUUUCUUUGCUGCCUUUGUGUUCAGUUUAGAACCCAAAACAUGGAUUGCAUAGAAAGGAAAACUGUUUUUGGGAUAUAAAAUCAUGAUUCCUAUUUUUGAAGGUUUUAAAGAAUGAGCAUACACGUAUUUUGUUUGUUCA